GACUCUGGUAGUAAUCUGUGUAGAGUAUUUGGGUUUGAUUGGGGGUUGUAUUUAUUUGUUUGAGUGCUUUUUAUUACUUGUAUAAAUAUGCUUGUAUGUUAUGUUAUGCUCGUGGAUAUGUUUAUUUAGGUUUAACUGUUUUUACUUCCUAUGGUAUAUGGUAUUGGUAUUGGUAUACGACAGUGUCAUUGUAUAUAAGCAGUGGAGUUCAGGCAUUCUCGUAGACACAAGCUCCACGGUUUUGUCACUAUUCAUAGCAAACCUGCUCAAAGAACUAACUCAAAGAACCUCGGCAAGAAGACCAUCCGGAUUAUUGGUACGUAAUACAGGUGAAUGGAGAAGACGAAUUUUGAAACCCUCCCCGUUGAAACGCCAUGCCUGUGACCGAGAAGCGAUUGUCUCAAAGUACCAAAGCCCAAACCUCUUGCCCAACAGAAGUCCCCGACCAAUUCAAUGCCCGAAACAAAGGAAAACAGAGAGAGGAAGGUAUACCGAAAUGCGCUAAAAUCAAAGACUCGUUAUAUCAGAACGCUGCCAAAGAGAAAGAGGGUAUCAUAGAUGAUCAAAGUUCCCGAAACACCAGCGCUUGUCGUAUCAUAAAAGCGCCAGUCAUGAUCAUCGG